AUGGCCACCGGUAACACGGGGAGACGCCACACACAAAGAGAGCCCGUCAGGAUGCCAGCCGACCCGAAUCAGGUUGAAGUUGCCGGGAAAACGCCGGCGAGACAGCAUUGUGGACAGAAAUCGACGCCGACCAAACAAAGGGAAGAUUUUCCAAAAGGGCAAGAGAGAGUGAAGAAUGCAUUGGGUAUCGGCCAUUGGGAGGCCCAAAUUUCGUGUGGCCCGUGGGCUUUCUCUUUAAAGCAGUGUGCUGUGCCCCCAUCUCUUUCUUUCUCUUCUGAGAGUUCUCGCACAGUUGCAGGAAAGGAAAGAGAGACGAUGGAGAAGGUUCGAUGCCAGAGAAUCGGAUGUGACGCCAUGUUCUCCGAAGACGAUAACCCAGAUGGCUCCUGUACUUAUCAUGAUGCUCCAAUAUUUCAUGAUGGGAUGAAGGAAUGGAGUUGCUGCAAGCAAAGGAGUCAUGAUUUCAGUUUAUUUUUGGAAAUUCCUGGUUGCAAGACAGGAAAGCAUACAACUGAAAAACCAGUGCUUGCCAAAAAGGCACCUCCCGUUCAGAGGCAACUGGUUGCUACUCAAACUCCCACAUCCAAUGCGUCUACAAAAGAUGCUUGUCCUAGGUGCCGCCAAGGAUUUUUCUGCUCUGAUCAUGGUUCGAAUGUUAGAGAAUUGAAGCCAAAACCUGCCGUGAGUGAAUGUAGUGAAGCCAAUCCAGAACCAGAGCCCCCUAGACAGAAGAAGAUUGUCGAUAUUAACCAACCUCAAAUAUGUAAAAAUAAGGGGUGUGGUAAAAGUUUUAAGGAGAAAGAUAAUCAUGAUGAAGCAUGCAAUUACCAUCCCGGCCCCCCGGUUUUUCAUGACAGGAUGAGAGGGUGGAAAUGUUGUGACAUUCAUGUUAAAGAAUUUGACGAGUUCAUGAGCAUACCACCAUGCACGAAGGGAUGGCACAAUCCCGACCCAGUUUCAUGA